AUGGCGUCGUCAUUGUCUACGGUAGCGACGGAGACGGCAAUGCUGGCAGCAAGAACGAGAAAGAACCGGGAAGCUGAAGCUCUCGGACUUAAUGAGAAUCAUCAGAAAGCAACUUUCAUUGCUGUCUAUGCCAAUAUGGGGUUUGCACCAAUAUGGGGCGUGUGGCUGGGCUGGGCUGGAGUAAUCUGGCUAUAUAGUAUAGUAACAUAUGUCCCUCUUGAUCUUCUCAAAUUUGGUAUUCGCUAUGUUCUUAGUGGAAAAGCUUGGGACAAUCUCUUGGAGAACAAGGUAACUUUUUAUAAAGACUAUGAAAAAGAAGAGAGAGAAGCACAAUGGGCAGCAGCACAAAGAACACUCCAUGGUCCUCGACCACUGGAAUCCAACAAAAUUUUCCUUAGAAAAAGUAGUUUCAGGGAGCUCUCAGAGACUGCAGAACAAGCCGGGCACCGAGUUAAGGUUGCCAGGCUUAGAGAUUUGCAUACACUCAAGGGUCAUGUUGAGUCAGUGGUGAAGCUGAAAGGUCUUGACAUAGAUAUCAUUCAACAACAUUACAACAAUGAUGAUGAUGAUGAUGAUAUGUAAUAAACAAACAUGAAAAUUCACAAAUCAACCAUUGAUUAAGCCACUAAAUAAUGCACUAAAUCAUUCUGUUAUAACUUCUUUGACAAUUUUAUUUUACCUUUUCAGAAUUGUGUUCUGUGUUAGAAAUUAAAUAUCUUUCUGUAGAAGAUAUUGUGAAGUUGAGGGUUGAGAGUGAAGAUGGAGAGCUUUUGAGUUAUAUAACCUUAAGAUUAACCGGUUUUAAC